UGUUGUUAAGCUAUUCACUGAGUCUUCCAACUCUGACAUUGGCGGAAUCGAAAUAUCCAUACAAAACAGUCAAGUUUUGAGCAAAGCUGUGAAAGCUGAAAGCUAAAGUAAAACAAUAUGAUCAAAAUAUCAGCACUGAAUAAGGAGUCUGAAGAGGAAAGCCGCUCUGAAGAGGAAGUUACACGCGAGGCGCUCGAACAAAUAGCACUGCAGCAGUAUGCCAAAGCUCUCGAGUUGCAGAGGAAAGGAAAUCUUUCCGAUGCCACACAGCUCGUUAAGGACCUGCUCGACACGGAAGUGAUAUAUGAAGUCAAAAAGCCUGCUCCGGGUGAGAAAAUUACAGGGCCUUUAUUUAAUUUAAAGUACCUAUGUUACAAGAACUUGGCAUCUAUGUUAAGUAAUGCUGGCGAAGUGGAGGCAGCUAUUGACGCAUACUGUGCGGCUACGGAGCUCGACGAUACCGACGUGACCCUCUGGCAUCGUCUGGGUCUACUUUGUUUGCGUGCAGAGCGUUAUGAAAUGGCACUGCAAGUAUUUCAGCGUGGCACUGAACAAAACCCAAAACAUUGGCCUUGUCUUGACAAAAUAGUUACCCUUCUCUUUGCACUUGACUAUAAAGAAGAAUGCAUAUCCACCAUAUAUGAAACUUUACACUUGGACCCUGGCUACAUGCGAGGUAUUGUGUAUAGAAAGCACAUCUACUCUACUUACCCACAUUUACGAGAAUUUAUGGAAUACCUUAAUCCUUUUUAUAAAUGGAAUGAAACUGAUGAUGAUGUGAUUGAUGAAGAAAAAGCAGAGAAAUUAUUAAAAGAAGCUCAAAACAUAAAGGAUAUAUUUUUGUCCCAACAAAACGCUCAAAAGUUUGGGUGUGUAUUACCAGUUUUGAAAUUAAAUAAACCAAUUACAAAUCUAACAUGGGAGGCUGUUGGUGAGUCGCUCAUACAUAUGCACCAUUACAUUGAAAUAAAUGCUUACAGCCACGCUUGUCCUAUUGAAAUUAUUUAUGAGAAACAAGAACAUGUAGUUGAAGUAAAUGAAACUAUCAAAGAGACUGAACAAAAAGACUCUAGUCCAGAAGAAAAUCAAAUUGAUAUUGAUAAAAUGACUGAAAGUGUUACAGACAAUGAGAAUAAUGAUGCUUCAGAUAAAACAGUAACAGAUGAAAAAAAUGAGACUGAUAGGGAAGCUCCGGUGCAAGGCAUGGCUUCCGAAUCAGUAACAGAGCCUACAGCUGAGAAUACACCUGAACCUAAAAAGAGAUCAGUAGCUCGGAGACGGGGCAGCGCAUUGAGCUUUUUGGAGCAAUGGGAGUGGUGCACCAAGCGAAGAUCAGGACGUAAAAAAACAGCAAAUAGACAAGAUGAUGACAACAUAUAUGAGACAUUACGUAGAAUGGUGCCAGCUCAUCUGGCUCCAGAUGCUGUUCAAAAAGAAGACAAAAAUGUUAAUGCUACUGUUACUGAAUUUAGUCUAGAAGUUGAAGAAAAAAGCAAGAAUUUUAAAGAUGAGCAGUACUUUGGUACUGAUAAUGAACAACAAGACAUAAAGCAGUUCAUCACUAAAUUUACAGAAAGUAAAAAGGACAUUAUAGACAUGCUACGAGACUAUCUUUGGCUUUUAUGUCAAAAGACUGGUAAAUGGCCAGAAUCUCUCCCAAAAGUAUUUACAAAAGCCAAUGAAUGCUAUAAAUCUCACAUAGACAUCCCUGCAUGUGUAGAUGAUAACCAUGAUGACCUGAUCCAUUACACUUUGGUGAAUUUGCUAGUUGAAGAGUUUUCUGUAAGUGAAAAAUUACUUGUGAUGACCACAGAAGACAAACAAAAGCACGACAUAAGUGUGAUUGAGUCUAUAGGAGUAAUUAUAACCUUAAAACCUUAUAUCUUCACAAAUCCUAAUAUUCUAGAGCUGACAAUUCGUCACCACUGGGUUAAAUUACACAUUCACAUAUUGAACAAGUGUGAUGAAAUUGCAUUAGAUUACCUCUACCAACUCUCAUAUGAGUUUGAAGCAAUGGGAGAACAUCAAGAAACAUUUAACUUGGUUAAUGACAAUUUUGCGUUCAAACCAGUGAUCAAUCAAAGUGAAAUUAGCGCUUAUAUCAAAUUUCUUGAAAGAAAUAAGAAAUUAUCAAAAGUCAUGGAGUUAUAUGAAAGAGGUUGUUAUGAGGAAGUUUUAUUGAUAGUCAUUGAUUCCUUUGAGCACUGUAAAAAUCUUGCCAAAAAUCAAGAGGAGGAAAUGUCUUUGGACUUUGCAGUUCAGUUGUCUCUAAUAUUGGAUACACUCUGGGCACUUGAUAGAGUUGACAGCUGUUUAAAAUGGUCUUUAAUUUGUUUACAUGAGGCUUUGAAACAUUACUUUCGCCUAACUUCUGCUUCCUCAGAUUAUGACAAAUGGACCAUGGCUGUAGUUAAGAUACUAAGUUGUAUGGAGCACAUACUUACUAAUGAAGGUUUGACAUGUUUGGACUCUGCAUCUUCAAAAGAAUUGAGUCAGGGUCUCGAAGAUCUCAUUAGGAUAAUAGGUCAUCAAGUCGAGACUAAUGCAGCAGAGAUGCCGUUUGGGACAGUCGUUCCCUGGAUUAUUUUGCAUUAUAUUUUGCAAAGAGAAGAAGACCAGGGAAGGGGCAGGGCAGCUAUUGACAAGGAUAAAUUGUUUGAAGAAGUCCCAAAUUCUUUAAUGGUGCUGUUCAUAGCACACGAAAAUCUCGGUAAUAGAGAAUGGUGUUGCAAAUCUGAUGGAAAGCUUCUGUACUUUAUUUUGGACACUGUUGUACCUAGAUUACGGUCUCCCUACUUGUCCAAAUGUUUGGAACAAGUUUGCCAGUACAUGGAACAGUGUGUGUACUGCUUAUAUGGACAUCCUGGAAGAAAGAAUAAGGUGAAAUAUUUAGCUGAUCACAAUGUCACGCCAUUCAAUUUUGAUUGGAAAAGAGCGCAACAAUUGUACGAGAUAUUCAGGCCGCCAACAUUACCUGUACUGGAAGGAAAGGUUUCUGGAAUCUCAGGUGAUACUGAACAACUAUUUCGCAACAUUCUUACGUUGCUGCCAAUGGAAUGCGAUCCACAGAAGUACAUACCAGAAGUCGAAAAAUAUAUCAAAGGCAUAGAAGAUAAAUUGCCAACUACACCACCUCUUUUGCCAUACAAAAUGAAAGAUAUUUACUUUCUUUUAGGAGACUACUAUUUUAAGAAGGACGAUGUGAAAAUGGCGAUAAAAUAUAACAUAUUGGACGUGGUGGUGAAUAAAGACAGACUGGAAUCAUGGGCCGAAAUAUCGCUGGCUAAAGGCGUGAAUUUGGAAAGAAUACUAAAUUCUUGCAAAAAUCUUAAUAAUGAGAGGGAGAUUUUAAAUCCAGCAAAGGCAAUUAUUAGAUGCUACAAACGUUCUUUGGAGAUUGAUCCGACACAUUGUAACCUGUGGAUUGAGUACGGCAUUUUUGCGUACACUAUACAUUCAUUUUGUUCGCGUGUUCUGAAGCAAGCCAGCGAAUCACUUAGUAUGGAAGAUUUUGAAUCUUUAGAAAAACAGAAGGAGGAAUUAUUGGAUACUACUUAUAAAUGUUUUAUGGCUGCGUUAGAUCUUAACAGUAACGAUUCUGAAAAAGCGAAUGAAGACCUUUGGCUAUUUUAUUACAUGUUGGGUAAAAUAGCAGAAAAGCGUAAUAAACCACCAUCUGAAUAUUUAAAUUAUUACAUGCAAGGGGUGAAAAGUUUACAAGAAGCUGAAGCCAUUUACCCCUUGAAAAUCAAUUACAACUCGCCAGCACACUCAUGCAUAGAGGUCUUAGAACUGCACUAUAGAAUUCAUGCGUCGAUCUUAAAAUACAUAGAACAACACGAAAAUAAAACAAUUACUUUAUCAGUUGGUAAAGUAUUUUCGUCAUGUAUUGAAGAGUGGAAGAAUGGACCUUUUUCAAAAAAAUUUAAAAAGGAAAUCGGUGCCAACUCAGAGGCGCAACUCGAAAAAGAUGCAAAAACAAUCCGUGAGCCUAUACAUGCAGCCAAUAUUCUAAAACGUUCUAUAAGUGAUGUCGGUGAAGAAGAUACACAAGAAGGGAAAAAGUUGAAAUUGGAAGCAGCUGCUGCAAAAGUAAAAAGAUCUGCAUCUUACGACACGGAAAGAGUCAACACAGAAACGUCUACUGAAGAUGAAGCCCAAAACACAGAGCCGUCAAAUAAAGUACCAGAACAUAAGAAAGUUGGUAUUUUAUCAGAACCUAUGAAGCUUGAUACUGUACCAGAACCUAAAGAGGUUGAUACCUCACCAGCACUCAAUAAAACGGAUACAAUUACACAGCCUAACAAAGCAGAUGCAGUACCAAAAAUUAAUGAAUCCGGUUCCAUUACAGAGCCUAACAAAACUGAUACAGUAACAGAACCUAACAGAUCUGCUGAUAUUGUACCAGAGCCUAAUACAGCGGACAUUGUACCGGAGAUUAAGAAAGUAGAGUUUUCAACUGACACGUUUUAUGAAAAGAAAUAUUAUACAGAAACAAAAAUUGAUCAGGACAUCAGCGUCACAGAGAAGCAGUUGCCUGCGGAAUGCGAUGACAUUGACACAGAUAAGAAAGAGAAUGGCAGCAGUAGUUCAUCUUCAUCAUCCUCUGAUUCCAGUUCUAGUGAUAGUUCUUCUGAUAGCAGCAGCGAGUCCAGUCGUGACAGCGACGCUUCUUCGAAAUCUUGUAAUGAUAAAACACUGCCUGAAGAAGAAAUUACGCAAAUUGUGAUUGCUUGUAUCGAAGCCUUAGAGGAUUGCGCCUGUCGUUUGUCUCCUCAUUAUAAAGCCAUCUAUAGGCUUGCUCAUUAUCAUUUUUAUAAUAAAAAAGGAAAAGACAUAGAAAGGUGUAGAGAUCUGAUGUUAUCAACGUGUAUGUCGAGAACUGGCCAGAAACUAGGAGGGUUGUUUAGUGAAAGAAAAACAUCUAAUUUUUUUAAUAACGUUUGGAAAAUUCCUAAACCUGAAGUAGACAGAGCAGGCGGAUUCGCGUUUCAUAUGAGUCGCUCAGCCCAACUGACUAUGGAAAUACUUAAAGAAAUCGACGACCACAAAACCUUAUUAGACUUGAGUCUAUAUUUACAAAGAAUACCAGAACCAGAUAAAAAGUAUUUAAGAGACUCUGAUCGGGAGGAACUAGCGCAGCAGGCGUUUACUUUAUGUGUCCAAUCUUUGAAAGGGCAACUACAAAAAUUCAGCCAGCAGUCAGAUCUAAAGAGUAAUGAAGUAGAAAGACAGGCUCUUAAGAGUUUAAUGUUGGAUAUAUACAGAGCAUAUACGAGAUAUCACAAGCAAUUGAGCCCCAACAUCAAAUCUACUCAUUUCACGAAUUUGCUCGUAGACGCUUAUAAACUAAUUACUACUAUACCAAUAGCUGAUAACUUGGAUCUCGUCGAUUUAAGUACAAAAUAUUGUCACUCCUUGCAGCAAACAUUGAGACAACAAGCGGCACAAGCUAGUUUGGACAAAAGUCACCAACAACAAAAGAAACAAACAGCUAAGAUUGCUUCCACUGCCAGUUUUGCCGAUCCUACAAAGCUGAUAACUGCUCAUUCAACUACUACCGUACCCAAGACUAAUUCUACAGACCUUAAAACCACUAUGGCUUCUAUAUCUACCGGUUCUACUUUGCCUAAAAUGUCGGCACAUGAAAUGACUGCAGCGUUCCAAAGUUUCCUCCCCGUCUUGAACGAUCCCAUAUCACAACAGACAGCAGCAGCGCUCAGCUAUCUGAAUAAUAUAAGCGCGUUAGCGAGUUAUUCUUCUCUUCAAAGUACGUUACAAUCAACGCUUCAAAACUCUCUUCAAAAUUCAUUUCAAGCUGAAUUUUACCGUCAGUUUUUGAAUCAAAGUUUAUCAUCAUCCUACUUACCGCCACCAAGGAAGCAGAAACGUGGUCCCAAGACCGCUAACACGUCACGUCCUGGUACUUCAAAUACUUCUCAGGCGAAAUCGUUCAGUAGUGCUUCCACCACCUUCACUAGUAAAACUACCUCGAAUACUGGAGUGUCAAUUUUACAAAAAUCAAAUUCAGCAUCUCUUGCUCCGACUAUGGGAAAAGUUUUACCAUCAUUGCCCGCGUCGAUGACUGCUAAUCUUUCGUCUUUUGGAGCUUCUACUUCUAACGCUCAAAUUAACACUUGCAUGCCGUCUCAGGCCCACAUGUCAGGUUCAAUGACGACUGUGAACGCCGCUAUUCACACAAAACCUCCCUUGCCACACGAGCAAGUAAGCCCUGGUAAAACGUUGCAAGAAAAAUUGGCUGAGCGACAGAAAAAUCUGCCUAAUAUGUCUAAGGGGAAUAAUUUUGUGGUUAACAGGCUGCCGGCUUCUUUGACUAUUAAAAAGACUGUGGUGCCUAAGCCUGCUGCUAAUUCUGAUGAAGUGAUUGUCCUCGAUGAUGACUAGUUUUAUUGUCAUUAUUUGUAACAUUUCUGCCAGAAAUGAAAUAUUUUAAAUAAGUCGUCUAGUGCCUAGAUUUUCAAUGUUUGUAUAGCGUCAAUUAUUUAGAAAAUGGCUUGGUGAUUGACUUUAGUUGUGUGCCUUUUUAAAUAUAACUUGUGCCGGAUUAAAUUAUGGGACAGCAAUGAGGUCACGUUAGGGAUGUCUAUGUAUUGGUCAACUCAUCCUGAAUAUUUUAAAACACAUAGGGAAGUCAUUGAAACGUUGUUGCCAUAAAGUAACUUAUAAGCAUACCUGCUACCAAUUGAAAUUAGAAUAAAGUUUAACAAAAUUGUUACAAAAAAAAUUGUAAAAUUCCCAAAAUGUUUUUGAUACAUUGCUUCUACAGUAAUAAAGAAUAUUUAAAAUUUACAAAUACCAAUUUAUAUUAAUUUGAAUUGCAAUUAGCUGUAGAGAGCAGAUGUGAUAUUCAUCUGCUUAUAGGUUUAAUACAAUUUUUAUACUUUUACUUAAGAUUUGUAUUGUAACUGUAAUUGCUAUAU